ACGUCCUUUUCAAAACUUCAGUCCCAUUCGAAAAUGAGUUGAAAACAUUCUGGGCUGACUCAAAAAAUGUUAUUUUAAACAUUAUUUUCGUGUAACUGAAUACCUACCACUUAAAAUUAUGAAUCCUUCAUUAGAAACCGACAUUGUGAUUGAACUGGUUGAGAUCUACAUCAACACGAUCCUAUUUGCGCGCCAACUUUAUCCGGCCGGCAUAUUCCGGGAGCGCCGCGCCUACAACAUACCGGUCCACGUCUCGAUCUUCAAACCCUUGAACGAAUAUCUAGCCCGGACGUUAAGGGCCGCCCGGGAGCUGAAGCACCGUCGAAAACUGCACAAAGUGGAGGUAACGAUAUUCCGUGAGGAAUCUACUUUGACCACUCCCUUGGAAAGUUAUGUUUUCGAGCUGGAAGAUCGCGAUUUCUCACUGGAAACGGAUGACAAUUUAAUGGUGCUGGAGGAGCAGAUUCGUAAAUCGUUACUCAACUUGGACGGGCGUUUGAAAGGGCUCAAGAAGCUUCCUUCCGAUGCCACGUUCAAAGUGCUGUUGCACACCACGGAAGCUGCCUACGUGGGAUUGGGAAACAACUCGAGUCUUCAAGGUUUUCCGCUGGUGAAAGAAACGAGUCAAGAAGAUGUGAAAUUGGGAAUGCAGAAGGCCAGUACACAACUCUUGCCGGUUUCGCACACUCCGACCGUUGGCGUGCAGCUUUAUGUUGAGGAUUAUCUUUGAUGGUUUGUUUUAAUGUAAGUUGAUAGAAUCAACUUUCAAUUCCAA